CACAAGUUAUUAAUUGAUGGACUGUAGUCGUGUUGUAUGUUAUUGUGAUAUCAGCCAUUUGAAAUUUCAUUCUGAUGGCACCCAUUCAUUGCAGAGGAGCCAUUGGUGAUGUAGUGAUGUAAAAAAAUUUUAUGCAAUAUAUUAGAUGACAACAUAACAAAAUAUCUUUGCCUUUCCACUAUUUCCUUGUUUUCUUCAGAUUAAAAAAUGGGGGACUGGUCAAUUCUGGGCCGCUUUCUAACAGAGGUUCAGAAUCAUUCGACGGUCAUCGGUAAGAUCUGGCUGACGGUGCUCCUGAUCUUUCGCAUCCUGCUGGUGACCCUGGUUGGAGACGCUGUGUACAGCGAUGAGCAGUCCAAGUUCACUUGCAAUACGCUGCAGCCGGGCUGCAACAAUGUCUGCUACGACACUUUCGCCCCCGUCUCACACUUGCGCUUCUGGGUCUUCCAGAUUGUGCUGGUCUCAACACCUUCCAUCUUCUACAUCAUCUAUGUGCUGCACAAAAUCACCAAAGAUGAGAAGCUGGAGACAGAGAGGGUCCAGGCAGAGGCCAAGCACCCUGUGGGAGACUUUUCUAGGCAGCUAGAAGGGGACAAUGUCAGAAUGGGAUAUGGACCCCAGGGAGAAGAAUGGGGUGGUCAGGAUGAGGAAAGCGUGGAGCAAAAUCUCCUCCAGGAUGAUAACGGUGAGGUUGGCAAGGAUCCAACCACACUGUCCAGUCAAAUUCUCCUCAUCUAUAUUGUUCACGUCCUGAUCCGCUCCAUCCUAGAGAUCACGUUCCUUGUCGGUCAGUACUACUUGUUUGGAUUUGAGGUGCCUCAUUUGUUCAGAUGUGAAACGUACCCUUGUCCGACACGGACUGACUGUUUUGUGUCGCGAGCCACUGAAAAGACCAUUUUCCUCAAUUUUAUGUUUAGUAUCAGCCUGGGUUGUUUUCUCUUGAACAUUGUGGAGCUUCACUACCUCGGUUGGAUCUACAUUUUCCGCUUGCUGUGUGCUGCCUGCUUCCUGUGCUUUAGGCCAGAGAGGGAGCUGUACUCUCAACGCAACCCUUUGCUGCUACGCCUCAGACACUCAGUACGGAGCAGGCUGAUUCUGCAGCCCCCCACAACCACCCUGUCUGAGGAAAAGACGGGGACGGCUUUGCUUUCACAUGGCCCAGCCAUCUCCUUAGAGACUGACUCUACUCUUGAGUGCACCUCAAAGAGGAACCCAGAGGAGAGGGAACAUAUGAGGCUGAAACUGGCCAACAUGGCUAGAUUUACUGGCAAAAAGUCCUGGUUGUAAUGUGUAUUGAUGGUUUUUAUUUUCAUGUUUUGUCACGUUGUAAUGUUCAAUGCCAUUUUGUGUUUGAUUCAAAUGCUUGCAAUGCUUGAGCUAAAAAGAUUCACCCUUUUAGAGCUUUGAUUGUAAAUCAAGAUAUGCACCUUUCACAAAUUUUAAAUUGGCAUAAAAAUGAAUAUUAUAUAUUCAACUGUGUUGGGAUAUGACCAUCAAAUUAUAAAUGUAUAUUACAUCUCCUUAAUUGUAUUAUUACUUGACUAUUAUUUUACUAAUGAGAUCCAUGAGAUAAUGACCAUUUUUAUUUUUUGACAUAUGAUUUAGUAUCAUGCACAACAACUCUUGGGCCAGUGCUUUAUCUGUGCAUGUAAUAC